AUGCUCACCGAGGCCUGCGAAGCCAUCGAGGGCUUCCUGGAGGGGUUCGGCAUGACCCGCACCCUCGCCAGCUUCCGCCAGGAGGCCGAGCAGAUCCGCCGCACCGAGCAACCAGUGCAGGUGGAUCUGGCCCAGAUCGUCAACCGGGUGAUGAUGGCCAAAUACGCACGCGAGAAGGAGGCUACCCACAGGAAGGCACCCGCUGCACCUGCCGACUUCAAGAAGAAAGUGCGGCCAUACACUCAGGAGGAGACCGAGAAGAUCAUGGAAAAACUCAUGCUCAAGAUGGUCGAGAAGCUGUCCGGCAAUCGAGUCUUCCAGCGGCUGGUCGAGGCCACUGCUGGGUUCCGGGAGCCACCUCGGGCCGAGUCCGAAACCCUCCACGACAGUGACAACCAGAGCGUGGAGAUCAGCCUGCCCUCCAGGGCCAGCCGCCACGGCAAGCAGCUGAAGAAGUCGCCCUCGCUGGCGCGGGAAGGACUGGAGGAGGUGGUGGGGGUGGUGGACGACUACACGGGGGAGGACGACCCGGGCUACGACGUCUACGAGAUCGGGGAGCGAGAGUUCCGAGAGGUGUCGAAGAAGAUCGCACAGAAGUACAACUACCCGCAGGCGGCGAUGGCGAAGAACACGCAGCUGGGAGAGCCGCAGAAGGAGGGCCCGCAGAAGCUGCCGGCAGGCCUGCGGUUCCCCGAGCACGAGGACUCGUUCUACCCGAUCGAGUACGAGGACGUGGUGUACGACUGCUUCAACCUGAAGAUCAUCUUCAACCGCGAGAAGACGGGGUUCGAGGACACCAAGGAAUUCCCGAUCCUGAUAAACAACGUGAUCGCGGGGCGGUACCAGCAGGUGCAGUUCCUGGGGAGUGCGGCCUUCUCGAAGGCGAUCGAGGUGCUGGACCUGGAGACUGACCAGCGCUACUGCAUGAAGAUCAUCGAGAACAACAAGGACUACUUCGACCAGUCGAUCGACGAGAUCAAGCUGCUGCAGUUCAUCAACCACAACGGCGAUGUCCACGAAAAGCGGGUCCUCAAGAUGUACGACUUCUUCUACCACAAGGAGCACCUCUUCAUCGUCACCGAGCUGCUCAAGGACAACCUCUACGAGGCCUACAAAAUGUGCAAGGAGCUGGGUCAGCCCAACUGCUUCUCCAUGGCCCGCAUCCAGCGCGUCUGCAGGCAGGUGCUCGUCGGCCUCGACUACAUCCACUCCCUCCGCCUCAUCCACACCGACCUCAAGCCCGAAAACAUCCUCCUCGAGGACAAGGACACCUUUUCCGUCAAGGUCAUCGACUUCGGCUCGAGCAUCUUCACCCACGACCGCCUUUCGCCCUACAUCCAGACCCGCUCCUACCGCGCGCCCGAGGUCAUCCUGGGGCUGAAGUACGACUGCCGCAUCGACAUCUGGUCGCUGGGCUGCAUCGCCGCCGAGCUGCACACCAACCACGUGCUGUUCCACAACGACUCGAUCCAGGGCUACCUGGCCCGCGUCGCCUCCAUCGUCGGGCCCUGGCCUGAGUGGAUGCUCAAGGACGGCAAACUGGUCUCUAACUUCAUGACCAAGGAGCGGCUCAUCUUCCACGAGCUCUUCGACGACAAUGGCGAGUCCAACCAAGGAGUCUACGAAAACUCCGAGAUGCUCGACUGUCGCAAGAAGACCGGCCUCAUCCAGAUCUUCGUGCCCAAGAAGACCACCCUGCAGGCGCGCCUGCACACCGCAGACCCCUACUUCAUCGACUUCGUGCGGUGCAUGCUGCAAAUCGACCCAUCGAAGCGCCCCUCCGCGCGGGAGGCGCUAGAGCACCCGUUCCUGACGGAGGCGCGGUACGAGGAUUGA